CGGGGACCUUUCGGAGGCCUUUUCGGAUACGUCCAGCGUUAAUUGGGAGCCGUUGGGUGCCUCUGGCGGCAAUGCUGGGCCGUUUUGGCAGCCUUGGUGGCCUUCCUCGCGGCCUCCGCGGAAGCUUCGGAGAGACAUAUCCGGGAGCAGUUUGAGGAGGGGGUCCAGUGCACGCGGCAUUUGCUGACAUCACGCCUCAACGUGCCAGGGGCAGUGUGACGGACUUCAGCCAGACUACAACGUAGCAGGGCGAGGAUGAGGAUCCGUCACUAUGUUGGACCAGGUCGUUUCCAACCAUAUUCAAUCCAUGGGCCGCACGGCGCUCUCUCUCUUCUCUAUCUCCACACCAAUUGUGCACACACACACCGCAUCUUCUAAGAAUCCCAUAUGAAAUGUAGUCUCCAAAGUUGCUUGCUGCUCUGGACGGCAGCCUGCGCGGCAGAAGCACUGACCUGGGAGGAGUCUGAUGCGGUCAGCCUGAUCCAGCUGAGCCCGGAAGCCGCCUCGGCGGAGGAUGAGUCCAACGCCAUCUAUGAUGCCGUCACGGCCGCGCUCCGCGACAACGACACCCUAUCGCAUUCGCGGCACAUCUGGAAGUUCGUGGCCAGCCAGCCGUACGCGCCCACUUUGCGUGGGAACGGCUGCCUCUACCUCCCCUCGGACAAGGCUUGGAGGUCGUUCUACGAGUGGGUGGAGCACCCGUACCCGCCGCUGUUUGCAGAGAUGAUCGAGAACGCAUGGGAUCCGCACUGCGGCAAGAGCCAGCUCGCAGCGUGCCCCGAGGGCCUCGUGCAGGGUAGCCACUGGUCGCUCCUGGCGGAUGGGCCGCCGCCGCCGGUGGUGGAGUCCGAGUUGCGCGUGCCCCAGGGCCUCGGACCGGGUAUCGGGUGCAUCCGCACCAGGCCCGCGUCCACUGCGAGGAAUAUGCGCAUCUUUGAGGCCGAGGGUCACGUUGGCCUCCCCGACAAGUGGACGCGCCACGUGAAUGCUGUCAGGGAGGACCAUAUCAGGGCGUCGCGCAAGCAGAGGUUGCAGCAUGGCAGGUUGGCUGCGGACUCUUGCUCUGACUCGGGAAGAUUAUCAGCCGUACCAGCGGACAAGAAGCUCGUAGUUCCCACAAGGUUCAUCAUCUGCUGCGUGGACCGGGCGACCUGCUCCAUCAACGAGGACGAGAUCAAAGAGCAGGUCGAUUGGAUGAACAAGGGAUACGCAGGGCGCGAGGAUGUUCCCUGGGGGAAGGUGGAACCGCCCCCUCACGUGAACACGCAGAUCGAGUUUCAUUUGCAGGAGGCUAAGUUCGUAGAGGACGCCGAGUGUGCCAUGCAUGCGUUCUCCAACACCUCCCUGGCGUCUCGGCACAACAUCGACGGCGAGGGCACGCUGACUUAUGUCGUCGUUACCGAUGACCAGAGCGGCAUUCUGGGGUGGGCCGAGUUCCCAAACGAUUGGCAGGAGUCGAGCCCCGAGUUGAUGGUGAUGGUCAACUCCAAAGCCUUCCGCGGUUGGGCUGGCAAGAUGGGAAAGCUUGAUCGCUCUUACGAAGAGGGCGACACGUGCAUCCACGAGGGUGGGCAUUCCCUCGGGCUCCUCCACACCUUCGAGGGCGGCUGCGAGGGCGGGGACAAGAUCUCAGACACAGAUCCCGAGAGGUUCCCCGCGUACCUCUGUGUGGACCAGCACAGCUGCGCGGGCCACGACCCGAUCUACAACUUUAUGGACUACUCGCCGGACUCUUGCAUGGAAGGGUUCACGGAGAUGCAGAAGCGCCGCCUGUGGUGCAUGGUGAAGGCCUUUCGGCCGAAGCUCUACCAGCGCGCCCUGACGGAAGCGCAGAAUUUGGUGGACAUGCGCCCUGAAUGGCUGAGGAAACUGUAUCCAGAGCGAUUCGGCCGCCCCUGAGGCCCAGAGUUCGAGAGGAGUCGCAGGAUGGAUCCUAUUCAAUCCCCUCCUGCAUCCUACUCCUUAAUUAAUUCAUCCUGUGACGCAUCCUUGCGCAAGUGGAUUUCCAGAGUCUCUCACACAGCAAAAUCUGACAUUGCCCCUCCCAUCUUCCUUCUCCUGAUCUUCCUUCUCCUCCUCCCGCCUCAUCUCCUCCUCCCGCUCUUCUUCCCCCGUCAUCCCAGAGUGCCACUACUGCACGACCUCCUUGCCUGCAGAAGCGAGGGGAAGUUGCACAAGAGAUCGUACUGGCCUUGGAAUCACGCGACCUCGUCCGCCUCAUCCUCAUCAUCACCAGUAUCAGAUACACGAA